UUUGCAUUAGUGGUGUGGGAGUAAGUGUGAAGUCAGUCUGGGACGUCCGUGAGUAGAAGACCACAGAGCUGAACGUGCACCUGUAUGAAUACGUGUGAGAAGGCAGCUUUGGGACACGUACUGAUCUGAGGACAGUUCAGAGAACUGAGUUGAAACUGCAGCAUCGACAGUCAUGUUUUGUGCAUUUUCAGGCUCUGAUUCAACCAACAACUCACUCAUGUAUCACUAUAGCAACGGGAAAGAGGUGUACUCUCCAAACACAGAGGAACCGAAAAGAGAUCGUGCUUCAUACUCAUCGUUUAAACUUCCCAGCACGAGCUUCACAAGCCAGAUUUUUGAUGGAACAAACAACUCUACGGACCCCUGGAGCGCAGCCAGUGGGAUCAGUCAAUCGGGUCAUGGCGGCAUGCUGGGAUCGUCAUCAUCUAGCCAAUCACUGUCUGGGAACAAUGGCAACCUGCCAGCACAUGACCGUCUGAACAGACUACCAAAUUCAGCACCACCUGAAGUCAGCAAGAGUCUUCCACCAAUGUCGUCUUUCCACAGAGGAAGUGGCAGUGCUUCACAUUUUGUGUCUUCACCCAACGCCACUUUCACAGAUCGACUCAUGGGUGGUCAGGGGAACCCCGUUGGAGGCUCACACGCUGGAGAUACUCUUGGGAAAUCCCUGGCUUCGAUUUAUUCUCCCGAUCACACCAAUAGUUUUCCAUCCAGUUCAUCCAUUCCUGGGAGACCACCAUCACCUCUGGCUGCUUCUACUGUUUCAGCAGGCGCUAACCAGUGGCCUCGUUCAGGUGGACAGACAGUACUGACAUCCGGUUAUGAGAACAUUAUACAGCCACCGGUGGAGGAUAGACUGGACAGAUUAGAAGAUGUCAUUCAUGUCCUACGAAACCACGCGGUGGAUGAGACGAAUAUCAACCUGACCAAUGACAUGCGCACUCUAAUCGGAUUUGCACAGCAAGGACCAAUCACAGUGAGAUCCCAUUGCCCCGUCACUGGACUAGUGACCAAUGGAUUACCAGCAGAUGUGUCUGCAGCAGAUCCAGGUGAGGCUGCUCAUUUGGGUGCACACUCUUCUGCUCCUUCCUCAUCUUCUGAUCUGACUUAUCAGGGAGACAGCUUCAGAGCUCUGGCAGCAGGGCUGCUCUCCAUUGUGUCAUCAGGUGCUCUGGAUGUGAAAACAGAGCCAUCUGAUGUGGAAGAGUUUAGACUGCACCAAACCCACCCCAGGAACCUGUCUCACCCUCCUCAUUCAAGCCAUCUGUCUCACUCUUCCUCCAGCGGUCUGCACUCUGAUGAAGAGAGUGAUAUCAGAGAGCCUCAAACACCCAGCAGUGAUCUUAACAGGUCCAGUAGCAUAAUCGAGGAUGAAGAUCUGUCCCCAGAUCAGAAAGCUGAGAGAGAGAGGGAAAGGAGGUUGGCAAAUAAUGCACGUGAGCGACUGCGCGUGAGAGACAUCAACGAGGCGUUUAAAGAGCUGGGCCGCAUGUGCCAAAUGCAUCUAAAAUGUGAAAAGCCCCAGACCAAACUUCUCAUCCUGCACCAGGCUGUCGCUGUCAUCCUUAACCUGGAGCAACAGGUUCGGGAGCGAAAUCUGAACCCUAAGACCGCACGCUUGAGGAGGAGAGAAGAGAAGAGCGUAUCAGCCAUGACACUAGAUCCCCAGUCCAUGCAUACGGUCAUUCAUACAACACAACCUGAUCAUGUCACCGGCCAUCUCUGACAGCCUCUGUGUGUGUAUGUGUGUGUGUGUGUGUGUGU